AAAUCAGACGCCCGGGGCAACGUCGUAUAUACAUAAAGACAAAGAACCAUCCACAAGCAAUCAAAGAAAAGCAUCGGCCAACGGACGUAGUGAUUGAAUUAUAUACAUACUUACAGUCACCUCCGCGUAGUUUAUUACAGUUCAUCGUUCGUCAUCUUUCAAGAAGGAAGCUCGUCAUUUUUAUUGUCAAGGAAGCAAUUUUUUAAUUCACUGCCGAGAGAUUUAUCUGCAAGGCAAAAUGCUGCGAUGUGUCUUUUGGAUGAGUUUUUACUUUGCCCUUGUCAAUGCUGACUUGCUGAGACUUCCACUUUAUCGAGUUCAAACUGCUAGGAGAAAAUUACAAGAGGUAGGAACUGAAUUACAACAGCUGAGACUUCGUUAUGGAGCUGAUCCAGUGCCAGAACCAUUAUCUAACUACAUGGAUGCCCAAUAUUAUGGAGAGAUUGGCAUUGGCUCACCCCCACAGAAAUUCACUGUAGUCUUUGACACUGGCUCUUCUAACCUUUGGGUUCCAUCAAAAAAGUGUCAUCUAACAAACAUUGCAUGCUUGUUGCACAAUAAAUAUAACAGCCAGAAAUCCAGUUCUUACAAAGCUAAUGGAACUGAGUUUGCCAUUCGUUAUGGAUCUGGCAGUUUGUCUGGAUUUUUAUCUACAGACACUGUCGUUAUCGCUGGAGUGGAUGUUAAAGAUGUGACAUUUGCUGAGGCUAUGAGUGAGCCUGGACUUGCCUUUAUAGCUGCCAAGUUUGACGGUAUCAUGGGUAUGGCAUACAAUAAAAUUGCAGUUGAUGGAGUUACUCCAGUGUUCUACCAAAUGGUUAAGCAAGGAUUGGUACCUCAACCUGUUUUUAGUUUCUACUUGAACAGAAAUCCAAAUGCAAAUAUAGGAGGUGAAAUGAUUUUGGGAGGUUCUGAUCCUAAUCAUUACACUGGUGAUAUGACUUAUGUUCCUGUUAGCCGUAAAGCUUAUUGGCAAUUUAAAAUGGAUAAAAUCACAAUUGGUGAUGCAUCAUUCUGUGAAAAUGGCUGCCAAGCUAUUGCUGAUACUGGAACCUCACUUAUUGCAGGACCAGUUGAUGAAAUUGCAGGGAUUAAUAAGAAAAUUGGUGCAACACCAAUCGUUGCUGGUGAAGCUAUGGUCAAUUGUAAUUCAGUCUCCAAUCUGCCUACCAUUGAUUUCGUAUUUAACGGUAAAUUAUUCAGUUUGAAAGGAGAGGAUUACGUACUUAAGGUUUCACAAUUUGGCAAGACCAUCUGUCUGAGUGGCUUUAUGGGUAUUGAUAUUCCGCCACCAAACGGUCCCUUAUGGAUUUUAGGUGAUGUUUUCAUUGGUCGCUAUUAUACUGAGUUUGAUAUGGGCAAUGACCGUGUUGGAUUUGCUGUUGCCAAAUAAAUAUUUAUUUUUUAAGCAAAAGUAGUUACUACUUAUGUAUUUUUUUAUAUUUUGAUUUCAUAUUUUUGGAAAGUUUCCUGUGUUUUUAUUAGUAAAAAAAUCGUAUGAAUUAAUGUUGAAUAAAAAAAAGCUGUGAUCAAGUAGGAAAAUGUGAACCUAUAUGAAACAUUCAAUAAAAGUUGUACGAUUUAA